GAGCGAUUACCCGCAUUGAUAGAGGCAGCACUGCACAGUUCCAAGUACAGGUCUCUCACUUCUAAAACUGCCUUAUCUGCUUCCUUCUACUGGUCACAUUUGGUUUUGGGUUGCUGGUGAGCAGCCCUAGGAGAGCUUUCCCUUUUUUUUCCUUUUCUUUUUUCCAUUUCCAAACACCUUUCUAAAGAACGAGAAAGCUACGGAGUUUCGGAAAGGCUGCGGUGAGCUGCGGUGUCCAAAACGAAGAAUGUUUCCUGAACUCUGGGACGGGCAACAGCUGAUUUACUGCUGAGCGCUGAGGAUGUGAAAUUCUGGAGGACAUUCACACACCGGGGAAGCAGACACAGCCACAGCAGCACUGCGGGCGCCACAGAGACCGCCGGCACCCAUGUGCCCACCUGACUGCCCAGCCAGCAGCAGCCCCACCAAUGGAACCCUCAACACCAGCCAGGUGAUGGGCAGCACGGAUGUGAUCUACAUUGGCACUGAGUGCCUGGUGGCUCUGCUUGCUGCCCUGGGGAACAUCCCGGUGGUCUGGGCGGUGAAGCUGAACGCAGCCUUCCACAACACCACCAUGUACUUCAUUGCCUCCCUGGCGCUGGCUGACAUUGCAGUGGGGUUGGUCGUCAUCCCGCUGGCCGUGUUGGUCAGUCUGCACGUCAGCAUCCCGUUCCAUUUCUGCCUCUUCCUCUGCUGCCUCAUGGUGGUCUUCACCCAAGCCUCCAUCCUUUCCUUGCUGGCCAUCGCCAUCGACCGCUACCUGCGCGUGAAGCUGCCCAUCAGAUAUAAAAUAAUGUCUACAGAGAGAAGGAUUUGGUGGGCGCUGGGGCUGUGCUGGUCUGUGUCCCUGCUGGUGGGAUUAACCCCAAUGUUUGGAUGGAACAAACGAAGAAGCGCCCGCUAUCACACGUGUGAAUUUAUCUCUGUGAUGAGGAUGGAUUACAUGGUGUAUUUUUCGUUCUUCACGUGGACUCUUAUCCCUCUGAGCACCAUGUGUGCUCUCUACGUGGCAGUAUUUUACAUCAUCAGGACAAAGCUAAGUCAAGGAGCAACCAACGGGAGGGGGGUGGGAGUGUUCUAUGGGAAGGAGUUCAGGAAAGCCAAAUCUCUGGCACUCGUUCUGUUCCUGUUUGCUGUGUCCUGGUUGCCUCUGUGCAUCAUGAACUGCGUUUUCUACUUUCACCCUGAAUAUAAGAUUCCUAAGCCUUGGAUCUUCUUGGGAAUCUUGUUGUCUCAUGCCAAUUCUGCCAUAAACCCCAUUGUCUAUGCUUGCAAGAUAAAGAAGUUCAAAACCACUUACCUUUUAAUUUUAAGGACCUACAUCCUAUGCAGAAAAAAGCCCGAAGCCAGACUCAGCUGCAACAGAUUAAACACAGCAGCUGUCAUAGACACAGAAUGAACGUUGACCCACCAGCACACACCAGACCACUGAUAAAACGCUUUCAGGAACUCACGGGAAAAACACGUCCUGUUCAUCUGCUGCCUGACACAAGCCGGCGAUAAGAGCAAGCUCCUCACACACUGAUUCCCAUAUGACAUUAAGCUCCAAAGUUAAUUUGCAAACUUUUAUAUUAUUAUAACCCAGUAAAUCUGGCCUGGUUGUUGCUGUACCAAGCCCAGACCUUCUCAGGUAAGCACCUGCCUUUAAGAGCACCUUCUGGUUCAUGUUUACUGACUUGAGUGUUGCUUGGCAGACUAUGACCCAAAGAACAGUUACCAAGAUGGACUUUUUACUUCCAGCUCCAAUCCACAGGCAGUAAGAAAUAAUGCAACAGUUCUUGCUAGUUUCUAGCUUUAACUCAAGCACAACAAGUCUUUUGGUCAGCAUUUUGCUUUCUCUUUACUUGCACAUAACCACACCUGCACCGACGUUUCGCUCAGCAGCACAAGUGCAGUCACAGCAUCACAUGAGACCUCCAUCUGCAAAUGAAAGACUUCACCAGGACCUGUCCCCACCCCCUGGGUCACUACUUACAUGUCCUAUGUCUGUAUGUCUGUAUCAUGUCAUUUCAAAAUACAGAAAAGGGUUAAGAUUAAUUUUGUCAUUUCCCCCCCCCCCCCCCUCCCAUAAUGAUUGUCUGGGUGCACUGAGAAACAGGAUAAAUGCUUGCAGUGCAGGAUGUCCUCACUGCCUCCUCUUACACCCAUCAUCUCCUGUCCAUUUCGAUGAUCAGAUGAAGUCUGGUCAGCUUGUGCUGCAGUCAGUGCUGCCACGCUUCCAUUAAGGAUAAUAAAUAUUAAGUGGAUUUUAUGCAAAGUCAACGUGCUGCAUGAAAUCCCUGCUCUGUUUUAGCAGGUGUCCCUACAGCUCCAAAACUGCAGUAGAUGCUAUAGCACAGCUUAGUUUCAGGGAGUUAAACUGAACACAGGCAAUUAAAGGCAAGUCUCUUUUUUCUCCAUCUUUGCACGGUAAAAGUGGUCUAGGAAAAAAAAACAAAGGGGAGUGCAUCAUUCUGUUCUGUAGCUCAGUAAGCUACAUAAACGCAGUGCCUGCUCCUUUAACAAAGAUCAGAGAUCUUAGUUCAACAUCUGAUGUAAUCCUUGCUGCUGCCCAAACCCACCCCGUUACAGGGUCCCACCCUUCACAAAGCAGCUGGCAAAGGAAGUCACUGCACGAGUGCAUCACAGCUUGGCGACGUGACCGCUGUCAGUAGAUGGAACCGAUUGCUUUCAGCAGGCAAAAACAAACAAACAAACAGAAAGCACAGAACGUUACACCUUAGAAUAACGCGGAUCAAACUUUGCUCGGGUGUUUCCGGCGGCUGCUCGGUGCUGCCCCACAGCGGUGCAUCAUGAUGUAAUUCAGCGCUUCAAUCAAAGCGUUGGGCGCUCUUAUCAAAAAAUGCUGCAGCCAGUGACUGAACAGGGAAAUAAGGACACAGAUGUGGACAGGUGCAGAGAAACACUUCUGUUUUUCAGUUCUCCUCAGCAGUUCCAAGCAAAAGCGGAAACCCACACGGAAACUGUGCAACAAGCGGUCACCAGGAUUGCUCCAGAUGAGGGAAGGUGGUGUUGAAAGCAGUUUGUCCCCAGUGUUGGCGAGAGUUGUAGAGAUGGAGAUGCUGUUUUCCCCUCCUAGCUAUGAAUUCAGCUGAUGUUAUGUACUGCAGCCUGGAUACCUCGCAGAGCACCGCCAUCCUCCGUGCAACAAUCCAGCAAUGGCAUCCAGCAUGCACAAGGUGCAGGUGUUCAUGUGUCAAAUUCCACUGUCACACAGGCGCUGCUUUCGGUUGGGGCUUGAUGACCACAGAGGCAUAAAAAACCUCAUUCUGGGAUAUGAGAGGUUAUAAAUAUCAGAGAAAGUGCAAAUGAAACAUCUCAGGACAAAUGCCCUGCUUCGAUUUUGACCUCAACGCUACGGAAACUGAGCAGCCCCAGGAAUUGUAGUUUUGAUCUUUACCUGGAUGUUUUCAGCAGAUUCCUCACGUUGUGCCUUGGAGGGAAUUUGUUCUUGUAGGUUUUCUUGGGAUCUCUUAUACCCUAGAAAGGAGGAGAGCAGAGUGGGAUUAGCCAGGUGGCAGUUGUUAUCUUUGGAACAAGUUCUUAGUCCACACUGCUCUCCCUGAUGGUCGUUUAAAGGUAACAGAACAGAACUCCUGCUCUUUGCCAAAACUCACAAGGAUGUUUUAAUUACAGAACUAGGGAGCAAUUAGGACCCAGUGGGUUAGACUGCCCUGCAUGCAAGACAAUCUAUUCCUCCCCUCCCCCUUCACUGCAAGGCACUGAGUUAUGCUUUCUUGUCAUUUGUACCACAGAAAGAGGAAUUGGCUGUGAUAUUCCACCAGCCAAUUGUACAGUUCCCUCUCAGCUGACAGCUGGGCAAUCCGACCUGAAAUCUGUUGCAAUCUUCACUGCAAACCAAGCAAUUUGGAAACCCAAGAACCAUGCUGCUGGCAUUUCCUUGACUGUGCCACUUACUUUUCCUGAUGAGGCAGACGACUGCAACCACCAGAAGAGUUGACAGGAUGCCAGAGAUAAAGGCCAGUGCUAAGUAGAAUAUGUCAGGGCUGUUGAUGCACAGGAAACAGAGUCAGAAUCACAUUCUUACAGAAAUAUCAAAGAAUUAGUAGCUUUCAAAUUCAACCAAGGUUAUCAAACAUCCUAUUGCCAAGCCCCAGGAGAUUACAGGAUAUCUGCAGUAAGAAUUACUGAGUACCUUGAGCACAGGCUAGGAAAUUCUAAGCCAACUUGUGAAAACAUGGGACAUUAUGGGUAACUUCUUCCCUAUAGAAAGGGCUUGUCGUUUCAAGGAACUUGGUGUUCAAAGUUCAGAAAUAAAGGUGUAGCAUUUACUUGUCAAACAAGGAUUCGCCUUCUGAGUCUGGUAAGGCAGCAGUAGAGGUCUGUACAGUGGUAUGUACUGUGACAGUGGUGGAAAUGGGCACUGGUGCAACUGAAAAUAAUUAGAAAAAGAGUUUAAAUGUGUUAAUAUUUCUAUUACAAGUACUAUUACAAGUAACAAGCAAACCACCUCCUGGAAGUGUGAACCUAUUCAAGAAUGACUGCAAGAAAUGUUGUAAGUGUAACAUUUCUGUUCCAGAGGGCUGAAAGUAGAAACACCAGGCAGAAAAACAGCAGUGAUCCACACCACCACUGCUCCCCAGCAGCCCUUGGAAGCUGUGCAGUACUUCCCCAAAUACAUUUAUCCACAAAGCUGCCCCCCAACAACCCUUUCUGAGCCAGGAAAGUGGUGAUGUAGCCAAGAGCACUGGAUCUGACAGAACUCCUUAAAAAAUAAUAGCAAUAAUCAAAUGAAAUACCUGGUUUUGAUUUUGAGGAGGAACCUCCCAUUCUCUCCAAACACCAGUGAACAGCAAAAGAACCUAAAGAUGAGAGGACAGCUGCAUUUACACACACGUUCACAACACAAACCCAGCAUUCUCAUUCACACCUCAGGCUCGAUUUCACUUGUGUCAGUGUUUUGGGCUUCUUACACAAACUUGCAUGAAACCACAGCAGGAAAUCAGGCAAUAAACAGAGCACGAGCCUGGCUUCUCAACAUCUCACUCCUGCAUCCAAGUGCACACACACCCAGUACCCUUGUUAAGCACAGUGUCUCCUCUUGA